AUCAUUCUUUAUUAUAGAGUCAUACGAGUCAACUCGCAUUUCAUCCUUGCAUAUAUUUCAUUUGAAUUUUAAAGACUAUAAUAAAUUUGAACUGAAAACAUUUAUUUAUUAAUCGUUUACUGUAUUUAAUUACAUAAUCUUAUACCAUAAUAUUCAUUGUCAUGCCAGAUCCGAUACCAACAUCUGCAAUUUACGCGCAUCCUUGCUCUGAUCGGAAUGUGAAGCAGGAGCCGCCAAGUGAUAUUUGUAAUAUCAAGCGUCUCAAGGGACCUAUUUAUGAGGUGAUACUUAAGGAGUUCUACGAGGAUGGCUGUUACACAUCGGCACGUUAUUUUGAAUAUUUAGUGGCCGUGGAGCGCGAUCUGAUUGAACAGAAACAUGAAAUAUAUUAUGUCCACGAGAAUAUGGACUUCCUAUUGCAACUUGUUGACAAUGUAAAAAUGGCAGAGCAAGUUUACCAUUUAGACGAAGGACAUGGUGUAUAUAUGAUGAGGAGAAUACUUUACCAGACUAUUGGGAUCGUCGAGAAACAAAACUUCGUUUGGUUGACCAAGCAAUUGUACAACAUCAUAUCCAAGUAUAUGCUCGAUUCUACAACAAAUUAUUCAGCAAAGGAACAGUCCUCGAGAUUCGUUUUCAAAUACGCCAAGUUUCUGAUGCAGCAAGGAAAACCGGAGCAUCUUCGUGAAGCUACGCUUAUUUUACCUACCGCAAUGGAUGUGGCUUGUAGUGAAAGGUGGAAGCCUGAUACCAGCCCUGAAAGUGAAAAGUUCCCCACGCUGCAUGCAGCUUUGGGCACCUUAUUGGCCGAAAUAUACUUGAUCAAAGCAAAAGAACCUGGCAUAACACGAAAACACGCUUUGAAACGUAUACAGAAAGCAAUCAAGGCUAUUGCUCAAGUGGGCAUAAAGGCAAACAAACUGAUUGCCUUCAAAGCUUUUCUGGUAAAGAUUGAUCUUCUAAUGGAAGCUGAUAGAUUUGAAUGGGCAUUGAAAGAGAUAAUUCUUCUCAAGGAAAGCGUAAUGAAAGCGACGGGUGCAGAGUUUCUGGAAUCCAAGCUGGAUGUUCUCAAGAAAUUUGGCACCACAUUAUAUUGCCUUGACCAGCCGAUUGGUGCCAUAGAAGUUUUCGCCAAAGCUUUGGAUAUAUGCAAAGAAAAUGAAUACUGGCAAGGUGAAGGGGAUAUUCUAGUGGAAAUAGGGCAUGCACAACGCCGCAUGACCGGUGGCCAAGUAAGAGGACGUUUGGCAUUUGAGCUAGCUAAAAUCCAUUUUGAUCAUCAAGCCAAUCACGCCAAAGUCUUGAGUACUAAAUAUAUGAUAGCUGCUUUAAGAUCCGAGCUUAUACAACCUGAGUUGGUGAAUUUAAUGAAAGCCGAAUCGUUUUGUAACUUUUAUCGACUAAGGCGUUGGAAAAACCUUUGCGAGCGUUUUUGGGAUGAAGAUAAUCAAGUUGGCUACAUAAAACAAAAUACUUUGAGCAACAUGUCGAAGUACUCAUCUCAAAACCUAUAUAGACUAUACAAUCUUGUAUUGAACACGCGUACUUCCGUUUCUAAAAUAAGAGCUUCGGAAAUAGAACACAUAACAUCCGAGGUCCCCAGUAGUGAAGAGAGCGUUGAUUUGGAACGUAUUGUCGCUGAUAAUUUAUAUUACAACGACGAGGAUUCAGAAACUGACGUAUGUAUAGAGAAAAGCAUGAUACCUGAGGAAGAAGAACAAGCGGAGGAGUUCUUUAGUGCAGAUGGCGAUCUUUCAAAUAGCAGUUAUAUAUGGGAUAUAGAAAAAGGGGGUAAAACUAAAUAUUUAAAUAUAGUAACUCAAGCUAGGCGCUUUUCAGAAAGUAUGGUUUCAAGAAGAUCUACACCCCCAAGCAAGUGGGUCGUGAGGGACUCUGAUCCAAUAUGUUGCCUACUACGAGAGGAAUGAGAGGUUAUUGUAUUUUACAUUUUAUACGUUUUCUCAAAAACAUUCCUCAUUACAUAUGGAAAUAUUGUACAAAAAACUA